AUGGCUAUGAUCAAUGUUAAUCGUCAAACAAAUGAUAUGUUCUAUCGCUAUAAGAUGCCGAAACUUAUAGCUAAAGUUGAAGGCACAGGAAAUGGUAUCAAAACUGUUAUCGUCAAUGCGACUGCCAUCGCCAAAGCUCUUAAUCGACCAACAACAUAUGUUACAAAAUUCUUUGGUUGUGAACUUGGUGCUCAAGUUCAGAUGAAUGCAAAAGAAGAUCGAUACAUUGUAAACGGAUCACACGACUGCGAAAAACUUCAGAAUCUUCUUGAUGGUUUCAUCAAACGAUUUGUUCUUUGUCCAAACUGCGAUAAUCCAGAGACAAAAUUGAGUUUCAGUAGUAAACGAAAUGGUGGUGAUAUUCAUCAGGUGUGUGCUGCAUGUGGCUAUCAAGGCACCAUCAACAUGGCUUCACACAAACUCACCACCUAUAUCGCCAAAAAUCCACCAGACGCUGAAAGCAAAACUGACACGCCUACAGACACAAAAGUCAAAGGCAAAUCGAAAGGCAGCAAGAAAAAUGCACACUCAUCCGGCAACACCAGAGAUUCCGAUGAAGGCAGUCCAAAUGAACAUGCAACCAAAUCAAAUGGCCACUCGAAAGAUCAAGGCGGUGACGAAGAAGACGACGAUGAAGACUGGGGCGAUGAUCUUACACCAGCCGUCGACGAUCUCACUUCACAGAUCAAAGGCAUGAUACAGACCAACGAUCUCGAUAAGCCAUUGAACGAGCGAUGUGACCAGUUCAACCGUCUCGUCGAGAAGAAGAAAAAGGACAAGCAGCUGAACCAGAUCGAGACCAUCAAAGAUAUCGUUGCCGAAGCCGAACGACUCGAAAUCAUGGAACAAGCACCGUUUGUUGUUGCACAAUGCAUAUUCACAGAGAACAUCAUCAAAGAGAUUGACGAAUACAAAGUGCUACUCUCCAAGUUGUGCACAAAGAAUACCAAGGGCCAAAAGUAUCUGUUGCAUGCCGUCGAAGCACUGAUUGGUGAACGAGCUGAUGUUCGCGCCAAGAUUUACAACAAAAAGACCAUGUCGAAGAUCUUGCUGAAGUUCUACGAUGAAGAUCUGGUUGAAGAAGAGACAUUCUAUCGAUGGCAUGAAAAGGCGUCGAAGCGAUACACAGACAAAGUGACAGCGAAAGAAAUACGUGAGAUGGCAAACGAGUUCAUUCAAUGGCUGAAGACCGCUGAAGAGUCGAGUGACGACGAUGAUGACAACGAGAAUAGUGAUGGUCAUGCUGAGCCCGAGAUUGAUUUCACUCACAGAGCUGGUGGUGGCAUCGAAGUUAUAAAGGAGCCAGUAACUAAGGAUGUGGUAGAAGACAAGAUUGAACACAAUGGCGAAAUUAUUGAUAUCGACAAUAUCUGA